AUUACUAGGCUUUCCACCGCAUAGAAAGAAAUCAUUGAGUUUCAGCUCUUUCUCCAAACAUUUCCUCCCUUUCCCAGACCCAGACAAGGGCACACACACAGACCGGCGACCGACCACGCUAUCUAGCCAACCAUUAAGUGUGUGUGUUUUUUUUCUUCUUCUUUGAGUAGAAAGAAUGAAGUAAGGAAAAUAAGUUGGGUAUUUGCGCUCUGUGCCUGUGUUUGAUAACCCAGGAUCCCUUUUAAAAUCAGUUCACUUGACGGUGAAACCUGGAAGUGGAAAGUUUAUAGCUGUGAAUAGUCACAGGACUUGGGGUUGCCAUGGGGUGUUGGUGGUGCUGGCUACUGGUAACCUUGCUAUGGGUUUCCACGAUAACAAACCCAUGCCUUGGCCAGAGUGGUGACAGUGGCGACUGGGGCUCUGGCUUCGACAUCUCCAUGACGACCCUCAGCACCAACAACAACACGUCCUCCUCCCAGGAGCCAGGAGAUUACCCUGCGGGGUCAGAAACAGAGACAAGAGAAUCCUGGGGUAAAAUACUUCCACCUAAGCCAGUGUUCCACUACAACACGGAGCCAGAUGAGUGCUCCGUCCACUUCAGCACCAGUCAGGCUACCGCCAGGCGCCUCCAGGCCCAGAGAGAAGAGUUGGCCUACCUGAAGGCUAUACAGCAUGGAAACCAGGCAGUGGUGGAGAACCUAGUCCAGUACAUAGGAGCAGAGCUGGGGGAGGAGCAGCGCUAUGAGGACGUCAUCGAGGAAAACAUAGUGGGCAUCAGGGAGGAGCAGCAGAGCUGUAACGGUGUAGUCCAGAAGGUGAUGGAGGAUCUGGAGGGACAUCUGGAAGGAGAUGUACUGGAGGCUCUGACUGGGAUACGGAAAAUCAAAGAGGAGUCCCUGGCGUUCGAGGGCCUCUUCCAGGCAGCAGCAGACAUCGCCAUGAGGCUGGAUACCUUGUCUCAGACCCUCCACGCCUCCUUCACCAAACAGCUCAAAGACUCUCUCAAAACUUUACGUCGCUAAGGAGAUUGUCUGGUCUCAGAACUGUUUGUGCGGUCUCUCCAGUUCCUAUGGUCUUUGCUGUGACUCUUUUGUAGCCUGGUCUCAGAUAUGUGUGUGCAAGAGAGCACAAACAGCUAUUGGACCAGGCAACUAAGGCCUAGAUUAAAUCAGAUCAAGUGUAAAGCGGCAAUAGCCGACACCCACAUAGCUGAUGUUUUGGCGGAGGUGCAACUGCGUAGGAGCUUGUCAAAAAUUAGUUGAGCAGCAGCUCAUGUGAUCAUUGUCAUGAAGUUCAGAACAAGAAAGUAUAGGCCAUAUAGGAAUAAUUACACUGAAACUAAAAAAAAUCAUUCAAUUAAGUAAUGAAGAUUUGAUUAGCCUUAUCGAGGUGUAGAUUACAUCUCAAACGCCAGUGUUCGAAAUUUCUCUGAAUGCGACUCCUCUGCAGCCAAUUGCAAUGUCCACUUUAGGUAUAAAUCUGGGAGCCGCUUGUGGAUUUGACAGUUCUAAUGCAUUCCACCUCUGCCGCUGCCAAAACAACCGCUAUGCAGAUGUCUGCUAGCACAGAUCUGAUGGAAUCUAGUCCUAAGUAGAACGCUCUACUCUUCUUCUCUCCCUCCUGCUCUUCUUCCCUCCUUCCUGCUCUUCUUCUCUCCCUUCUACUCUUCUUCUCUCCCUCCUACUCUUCUUCUCUCCC